AUGGCUGUACAGCUGACAGAGGAUUUAAAGGCAUCAGACGUGCUGACACGCUUUCUCAGUCAAGAAAGGUGUGUGUGGUAUCCAGAAUCAGAUCUGGAGUCUCUGCUGGCCGGCAGGAGUCUGAUUCUGCCCUUCUGUGCAGUGGGACACUCCAAACAGGAAGUGGUGUUUGCUCAGAUUGCAGGAGAACUUCUGAGCACAAUCACAUUAGUGGCAGAGAUGGGGAGGAAGGCAUUUGAGGAGAGGGGCAUUGUGUCAGGAGAUGACAAAGCAUUCAAACCUCAUCUGACGUUUCUGAAACACUCUCAAGCACCCAAACUACGAAAGCAGGGUAUUAAAAAGCUCGACCCAACUGUGUUCUCAGAGUUUGAGAGUGUUGUAUUUGGAGACGAACGUGUGUGUAGAGUGGAUCUGUGCUCCAUGCUGAAGAAAAAGACUGCAGAUGGACACUACCACCGCCAGAAGAGCGUCACCUUCAAUCUUAUGCACAGCAGACAGCGUGCUGAACGGACAAGUAUUAAGAAAGCUCCACCACCAGAUGAUGAAGAGUUAGUGAGUUUGAGUAAACGGCUGGUUGAAGAUGCCGUGUUCCGGGCCGUUCAGCAGUAUAUGGAGGAAACGCAACAGAACGGGAUGGCACCAAAAGACAAGGGCCCUGACGGCAAACUGAACACCACUAAAUGACCCCUGACCUGUACCCUGACCCCUGACCUGUACCCUGACCCGCCCAUGUGGAGACCUGAAACAUGUCUCCAUCUGCCAAGGGGUGUCAAAAGAUAACAGAGAAGCGUUGGAGUUGAGAGAACUACUGUAAAGUGAAUGGACUGUGAAGUAGAGUGCGGUGUGGAAGAUCAUGGCAGAUUUCUCCUCUUUGUUCUCUGAAUGCAUACAAGACUCAAAAAUCAAAGUCAUUCUAUGUCACCCAGCAAUUCUUUCCACUCAAUAGAGCUGUUCAGUUAUGAUGUCAAAUUGUAGGCCUACCCAGAAGACUAAUUCACCAUGGGAUCCCUCACUAACAUCCAAUGGGUUAGAACAGUAGAUUUUGAUUUGAGUGGUUAAAAUGACUUUGAGACAUAGGGUUAGGGUUAACCCUAAA